AUGGAUUAUCAAUGGUCUGAUAUAAAACGAGGCAGUGGCAGCUUCGGGACCGUUUACGUCGGAUACUUGGCAACAGGAGAGAAAGUUGCUGUAAAAGUAUGUCAUCAAAAUACUCCUAGUGAUGUAUGGGAAGCUGAAAUUGCUGUGCUGAGUAAGUGUGCCGAAGAACCCAGCAUUCCCAACAUUGUGCAGAUAAGAUCAUAUAGAGCGGGGAGUAUAGCUUUGGAAUUAGCUGAUACAACUCUGGACGAUAUGAUUAAGAACAGCGUUAUGAACGUAAGAGGAUUGUCGCAAGCCAUCAUUGGAGAUUUGAUGCUUGAUUUGACUGUUGCUGUUACUUCCCUUCAAACAAAACAAAUUGCUCAUCGAGAUAUCAAACCUGGAAAUAUUCUUGCCUUCCGUAAGGAUAACAGAAAAUCUAAAUAUCUGUUCAAACUGGGGGAUAUGGGUACAUCGACUGUUAGGAACUCAAACGAAACACUCGUGGGCACUUAUCCUUUACUGGCACCUCCAUUUUCAGAAGCUUUAGCUAAGGGAGUAACACCUUUUUCAAAAGUUGAAUCAAAGAUGACCGGAUUCACAAUCGAUGCUUGGAGUGUUGGAUGUACGAUAUUCUAUGCUUCCACAAGUUUGUAUCCUUUUCGAGUGGAGGGAAAAAUUAAUACACAUGAGGCUGUGAAGCAUAUUGAACAAGGAGACAUUUCUGUGGUUAAGGUAGGGGGUAAGAUACAACACUCAAAAACUCUUCCACAUCAUCGAUUCGAUAAAUUGUACGCUUUCGCAGUAAGCAGAUACAUUCGUCAUUGUCUGGACGUCUAUCUAACACCUCUCACUGACGCCGAUGCUUCUAAAAGUUUAAUGAGAAUGAUCGGGAAAAUGCAAAAUAUGGUUGAAAUGAAGUUCGUAGGGCUGAAGAACAGAAGAUUUUUCAAAUACGCUGACCUUUCGGACGAGCAAUACCUCACGGAUUGCCCAUCCUUCAAAGAGCUUUCUGAAACGAAAGAUCUUUCAAGCAUAAAGUUUCUUUCUGAAAAUGGAGUGAUAGAAGGCGAGAAUAUCAAGAAACUCAGCACUCUCCCAUCAGAGACAGUUCAUUUUGUUUUAACUGACUACGAGCCAUUGAAUGAUCCUCGAACCUCGCCUCACAAAGAAUUUGAAAUCUUACUCACAAACAAGAAGCAGUGCGCAUCUUGGUUUAAUUUCUGCAGCAAGGAAUUCCAUGAAUGCCAACAAGAGUUGGAGUUUAUGCGCGAGUCUAUCAAAGCGAUCGAGCGUAUCGAGAAAAGGGCUAUAAGUGAUGGCAUGAUGAUGUAUCAAUGCAGUGAGAACACAAUAAGCAUAAUAGAAACCUUCAAGUAUGUCUGUGCGUCAGCCUUGUUUGCGAGGAACGAAACCGAAACUCUCCAGUUCUUUGGUUGUUCCAAUCUUUACCAGAAUCCCCUCAAAGGACAAAUAGAGACGAUGAAGAGAUACAUAAGUGAUUUGAACAAAGCCCAAUUGGAUUUUGAUGAGUAUAAACAGUUCCUCGAGAACCUAGAUAUAAAUAUAGAUGAACUGAACGAAUACCUUCUUCUACCCAGUACUCCUUCCCCUAACAGUUACAGUUCCAAUACGACUUACACACAAAAAUUAAUCAGAACGCUAUGUGAUAGCAUGCGAAGCAUAUAUGAACAGUCAGCAAAACUUCAAAAACAACUGAAAGAGCAUGCUAAGUCUUGUGUGAUUAUCUUUAACCACAUUGCUGAAAUUAAAAAAACUCAUCAAGAACUGAUUAAGUUAGUAGAUGAACACCAAGGAAAAGUGAAAACCAAAUUGGAUCAGAUUCAUGGAGAAAUUGCUGUGCUGUCCAAAACGAAACCUGUGGAUGUGGAGGUCUUGAAGGGUCUGAAUGAUAUUGCUGAACGAUUGAAAGAUUUGGUAGUCCAGCAGUGA